UUCAAAAGAGUGACAGGUGAAGAAUAUAAUCCCUUUUUCUUAUUUCAGGUUGGAGCCUAUGCAUGAUGUUUGGCGAAAGUAAGCCAUUUUAAAGAUAUUAGAAUCGUCUUUCAGUGACAGCAAAUAUAAAUACGUCAUUAAUAUGGCGCCAAAAGAGUUUAAAGUAUGAUCUUAUUUUGUUGUAAGGUUGCGCACCCGCCAGUGCAAUCGCACAAGAGAGAAGAACGCGAGCAGGCAAGGAAGGAGCAGACUAUAUGUUUUUAGGUGGAACGUUGCCAAACGAGCCAGCUUGCUAUCUUUCAUGACUCAUUCUUUGAAAAUUAGGCAUAAUUUUUUUCUCUACUGGAUUUGAGGAAAACAUACUCCCAUGACAAAUCAGGAUCUGGGGAAUACCACAUUGGAUUUGGACUAUUUUCGAAAUGCGACAUGGCUUUCAAAAUGAUAUUUGUUAGCUUACCUUGCUGUACCAUAGCUAGCGUACAGUAGAACCGACUUGCUGGAUGCGGCUAUCUUGCAAGCACGUUCGCUAGCUAGAGAAUUUAGAUUUAAGGAUGAUAUACUCCUAAAGUCAGCUAAAUGUAGCUAACUGCAUUUAGCUGAUACCUGCGAAUGCGGACAUCGCAGGUUUGUUGACUGUUAUGUUAUACUGUCGGAUAGACUAUCAUGGCGUAAAUUGGUACUUUUAUAUUUGACUCUUGGGAGAGCAUCUGACGUGCUGUCAACACCAUACAGCCUCGCAGGCAUAGUCCUGUCACCAACGUGAAUAGUCAGGGGGCUAACUAACUAGCUCGCUAGCUAGGGGUAAGUUGGCUACACUGGAAUUUGACCACCGUGAAAUUCACUGUCGCUAGCUACAUGUGGUUAGCUUCAAAUUAUAUCGUAAUUUCUCAUCAUCGCUCAUCGUCCAGAGUCGAGGACGUUUCGCAGCCCGACCCUGACUGCAAUCAAGAUAAAAAGAUGGAGAGGGAGACGAAGAGGAGAAAAUACUCCAGCAGUAGCAAUGACUCGGACAGCAAGGACACCACUGGCAGUCAAGUGACCUCCUGGUCCAAGUCCUCCAAGAACACAGGGACCAGCAGCACCUGGGUCAGACAGGCGCACAAUAAACCCUCUGAGGUGUUCCGGACGGACUUCAUCACAGCCAUGAAGCUGCCAGACUCGGCCCAGCUGGGCCCUGAUGACUUCUAUGUGCUGUCAGACCCCUGGAGACAGGAGUGGGAGAAGGGGGUCCAGGUCCCUGCCAGCAUAGACGCCAUCCCAGAACCUGUCGUCAGGAUGCUACCAGAGGUGAGGCGUAUCCCAUUCUACUGGCCAGGGCAGGGCCGGGGGUGUGAGCUGGGCCUGGGUCUGAGCCAGGGGGGCAUGAAGACCACCAAUGAGCCCCAUAGCCGCUAUGACCUGGAUGACAUAGACGUGUCCUGGCUGGAGCUGGUUAACCUGGAGUUCAGAGAACUGGCACUGCCGGAGCUGGACGAGCUGACCAUGGAGCGUGUGCUGGUGGAGCUGGAGAGCCAGUGUGAGGAGAACAUGCAGCAGGCCAUCGAGACGGAGGAGGGCCUGGGCAUCGAGUACGACGAGGAUGUGGUGUGUGACGUGUGCCGGUCCCCAGAGGGAGAGGAUGGCAACGAGAUGGUCUUCUGUGACAAGUGCAACAUCUGCGUACAUCAGGCGUGUUAUGGGAUUCUGAAGGUCCCACAGGGGAGCUGGCUGUGCCGAACCUGUGCCCUAGGGGUGCAACCCAAAUGCCUGCUGUGCCCCAAGAGAGGCGGAGCCCUGAAGCCCACCCGCAGUGGAACCAAGUGGGUCCAUGUCAGCUGUGCCUUAUGGAUCCCUGAGGUGAGUAUAGGCUGUCCAGAGAAGAUGGAGCCCAUUACUAAGGUGUCCCACAUUCCCGCCAGCCGCUGGGCCCUGUCCUGCAGCCUGUGUCGAGAACACACGGGCACCUGCAUACAGUGCUCCAUGCCCUCCUGUAUUGUGGCCUUCCAUGUGACCUGCUCGUUUGACCACGGCCUGGAGAUGCGUACCAUCCUGGCUGAGAACGACGAGGUGCGCUUCAAAUCAUACUGCCUGGAGCACAGCAGCACUACCGGCAACAGUAACCACGCUGCCGCUGUCGCAGGCAACAGUAACCACACCAACACCAUGACUGGUAACAGUAACCACACCAACGGCGCCCACUGCGCUGGUGCCAGCAGUAAAACGGACUGGGCCGGACACGGCAACGAGCACAGAGCCAACGCCGGGCCGGAACACCACCAAGCGGCCAGCGAGCUGCCACCUGUGGAGCGUCCAGACCGGGACCAGAUGGAGAGAGAGAAGGCCAGCCAGCGCAAACAGAAACUACAGGAGCUGGAGGACGAGUUCUACCGCCUGGUGGACCCCAAAAACGUGGCGGAGAGCCUGGGCCUGCCGGACGCCCACGUGGACUUCCUGUACCAAUUCUGGAAGCUGAGGAGGAAGUCCAACUUCAACCGUCCGCUGGUGACGCUGAAAAGAGACGAGGUAGAUAACCUGGCUCAGCAGGAGCAGGACGUGCUGUACCGACGCCUCAAACUGUUCACACACCUACGCCAGGACCUAGAGAGGGUGAGGAACCUGUGCUACAUGGUGACGCGGCGGGAGAAGAUGAAGACUUCUCUGUGUGACCUCCAGGAGAAGAUCUUCCACCUGCAGAUCCAGCUGCUGGAGGAGGACCUAGCUGGAGAGAAAACCAUGAAGGGGCAGAAGGGAAAGCAGAACGGGGUGAAGGAGAGGGGGAAGGAGCGGCGGAAAAGCAGUCCAGAGAAGAAGAAUGAGAGGUGGAAGUGUGAGAAUGGCUCCCUCCUGAAACAGCUAGGUUUCCCCAAGACCUUCCCUCUGGACAACUCCCUGUUUGACAGCUGGCUGGCCCAGUCGGUGCAGAUCACGGCUGAUGACAUGCUGAGCAAGUGGGCCCUGGAAGCCGGGCAGCACCGUGACAAGACGGCCAACCUGCUGUCUGACCAGCUGCUGCAGGGAGAGGAGAACCUGCUCAGCCUUAUGAUGGACCACUCCAUGAAGUCCACCUGGAAGACCCCUCAGCUGGGCCGCAAGACCCGGGGCAAGCCCCGAACCCGGGGCCAUCACUCCACCACCAACACUGCUGCAGCAACAACCGACACCCCCCCUGCUGCUGCAGCCACCGCAGCCUCCGCAGCCAAGGGGGCUCUACUGGCAGAGGAGAGGCCAGGCCAUGGGGCUCGUAGAGGGGAAAGGUCCCGGGGCACCAAGGCCCUCCACCACCGCCACCCCCAGACCAGGAGCACUGAGGCCCCCCUGGACCCGCCACCGCAGCCGCCCACCUCCAAAAUGGACUCCUGUCACAUCUCGGAGGAGCGUGGCCCCUGGGACAGCCUCACGGGUACUGGGGUAGCGUCCUCCCCCCUGGCCUCCUGUUUCCCCCCAUGCAGUAGUCCUGGGACAGUGCCUGAGUGGGGGUCAGGGGGGGGUCCCAUUCCCCGCACGGCCUUGCGCCUCCGCCUGCACCGGCAGGGCAAGUCCCGGGGGAAGGGUGGGGCGUUGCAGGAAGUUGUAGAGUGCCCCCUGGAAAGGGAGAGAGAGAGGGACCCCCACCCCGUCUCCCACCCAGUGAAGGAGACAUCAUCAUCGCUGCUGGGCCCCGAGACAGACUGCUACUUCUCUGAUGCCGAGCAGAGCGACUCAGACACACACUCCAGCACCCGCAAGCUUCGUCUGGCUCAGUUGCAUUCUGGGAGCGAGGACCUGCUGAGGAGGAGCGUGCUGGCUUUGUAAAAAAAACUGAGACGCGCGCACACAUACACACACCAUCGACCAGAACACACACUGUUUUCUCAGACUGACUGGAGCUCCAUCCCAGCUCCCUCUGCCACGGCUUCUGUCUGUGCUCUUGAUAUUAAAAUUGUAGUUAUUUUCUUUCUAGAUCAAUUUAAUGAACCAAAUCUCGGUACAUCACUAGUCAUGAAUCAGUUUAUCUGCUCUGUUCUGGGGAUUUGACUGUAUGUAACUGUAUGAUGAUGUAAGAAGAGAAAGUGGAUUUGGACUACGUUACGUUUAGGUUUGAUUUGGUUUAGAUGUAUAACACGGUGGUUAACCUGGUCAUCAACUCUUUCUAGCAACGUGGGGUCAGUGGUAACUAACCACAAGAGUUGGGGUGAAUACUUUGUGGACAUUAUAAGCUAGUUCAGGUGAAUCACUUAUUUUCAAAUGACCUAAGAUGGAUCCCAUGAUGCAAUCCCUAGGAUAUGAUGUUUAAAAAGCCUUUCAGUUCAGAAUCAGACCCAGAACAGGUCUAAUGGGCUAACCCAUCAGUCUGAGAAAUAUACAGAAAAUAUCACACAAAUAUUAGCCUUUAAAAGCACAAAUAGCUAACAGGAACUGUAAUGCAAACAUUGUGCAUAAACACACUCACACACAUAUACACCACACACAUUACACAAACACACACAUGAUUACAUUCUCAAAGCUACUCCCUCUGCAUUCUGCCGUUGUUGUAACAUACUGUUUGAGAAUUACGUCAGCUCUUCACUGACUCUGCCUCCUCUUCCGUUUGAAUCAUUGGAGAAACAAUAUUUAACGAAUUGUGUGCCUUCUGUCGCUCCCCCAAAAUGAGUUUAUCAAUCACUUCUAUAAUCUGAUUUGUUACAAUCAAAAAAGGGAAACCUGUUGUAUUGGUAAUCAAGCGUACCGAAACAGAUGACCUUAAUUGUAGUGCCUAAAAAAGGAUGUAUAUACAGCUUUUGCCAUGAAUCAACCCAACUGCACGCAAAGCCACACAGAUACACAGUUCUAACAUAUUUGUGCAAAUUGCUGCCCCAACAAAGCAACUUCUGGAGUCGUUGUUGCUCCCGUCAGACGAGUGGUAUAAUCAGCUACAGUACAGACUCUUGGAUUCUGACUUCUUUUUUUAGUUCUUUGUAAAUUUGUUUUAACUCUUGUUUUUUUUGUCUCAGAGAGUUGUAUUUUAUACUUAAAGUGGUCCACAGUAUUUUCUCAGGGUUUAAAAAAAUCGAAGAAGACAUAUAAGAAGGGUUGAAAAUGUAUUGAAAUCAAAGUUAAACCGUAAAUAUAUUAUACUAUAAAAAGGCUAUUUUAUACAUAUAAGUAUGUAUAGAAAAAGUUCCUUUGGCAAAGCUUCACUGUUUGAACUGACUACUACUGUACUGAGAGCUUUUCUCCUGUCUCAAUCAGUACACUACUACUGCUACUUCUACUACCCAACUGGCUGUCUCCUGAGUUGAUGAUGCCAAAGAACAGUGUAAAACAAACUGGGCCGCAUGCACUCACUCUGGUAGCGUCCUAAACAACACCCAAUUCCCGAGAUAGUGCACAUGGUGCUGGUUGGGACGCAGCCUCACUCUCCGGUGUCACCAUGGGAUCCGCUGAAGGACAUGAAUACGGAAAUCUACCUGAUGCCAGCAGCGCUGUUCUAGUCGAUUCAAUUGGGAGUUCUGCAUUGCUCAGGCCUGCUCUGGCCUGGUGUGGCUCGGCUUUAACACCCACCACCACUAUUCCACCUUGGACCCUCCCAUUCCCUGCUCCCUUAAGGCUGUUACUUACUGGCCCUCUGUGCCACUGACCUACUCUGGAUGGAGUGUCGCAGUUCCCCCCUGCCCCCUACCUGGGAAGAGUUGAAUGCUGCUGAACCGUGUGUGUGUGUGUGUGUGUGUGUGUGUGUGUGUGUGUGUGUGUGUGUGUGUGUGUGUGUGUGUGUGUGUGUGUGUGUGUGUGUGUGUGUGUGUGUGUGGCUGAUGGUUCAGAGCCCCCAGUGCUGUUAUCACAGAGUUGAAAUGUAGAAGAUGACUAGAUUUUUGUGUUUUUGUCCGGUCCCCGGAUGGGACCCAUAUUCAGGAUGAAACCCCCUAAAACAGUGUAUUGGUCAGGUGGCUCUGUCUGUCUGUCUGUCUGCAGCCAGUCCGGUUACUUCCUUUGGCCACUUCCUUUCCAUCCACCGUAACCCUUGGAGACAGACCAGUAUAACCAUAGAAAUAGAAUGAGUAGCACAUUCUAUUCAUUCUUCCUCUAUGAUUGCAACGUACACAAUAACAACAACCAUGCUUAUUGUUGUCUGCAGAUAGGUCGUCUGGGUGGAUGAAUAGGGUUAGCGCUGUAGUAGCCCCACCGAAUCCACCCAAACACCUAGUCGUUUACGUGUUGCUAAGACGAUGAAAUGUAAACUUGGUUUCAAUAUUCAAUAUAUACACCAAUUUAGACUAGACAGUGUUUUAGACGGAGCCCUUCAUGUACGGCCCCUAACGUAGUAGAAAACAGGUUGUUAUUAUUGGAGUGGGGCAUCUACGCCCUCUUCCUCCGCUUCCUCUCAGAAACAGUAGGCUGCCAUUUUAGUGAGGUGGUGAGGUCUUUUAGUCCAGCAGGCAGCAGGUGACUGCACUUUUCAUACAGAUUAUAGAUGGAUGGAGGGAUAGAUGGUAUUAUAUCCUCGAUGGACAGUAAUAUCCGAGUACCUAUGGAUUACUAUUAACCUCCUCAAGCAGGGUUUCUUUGCCCCAUUCCUGAGCACCCACAGGGUUGCGUGUUUUGUUCCAGCCCACACUAACACACAUCAUCAAAUUGAUGAUCAGUUGAAUUUAGGAUGUGUUAGUGCUGAGCUGGAACAAAACAUACAUUCGGACGGUUGGUCCCCUGAAAUAGGUUUGAGAAAGGAUGCUUUGGUGUAGCUGUGGAUGAAUGUCCUAGUGCUGUCUCCGUACCACCUAGGAACUGCUGCUGCUGCUGUUGUUGUUGUUGUCGUUUGUAGCGUGAAAAGGCCAUCAGCACACUAACAGAACACAACGAUGACGUCAUUGAGAAGAAUCUCCUCUUCUGUGUUAGUUGCUUCCUCCCAUAGGGAACUGGUUCAAGGCUGUAGUAGUUCGACUGCCGUUUACCUAUCUGGUUUUUGUAUGCACCAACAAUAGUGUAUAAUACUGUACUAGAGACCGUUUUGUUUCCUUGUUAAAAGCCUUCGCAAGCUGUUUUUGUAACGCUUCUGCCGCGGCUCAUAUAACUAGAAUGCUGACUCAUAAUCAGACCAACUGCUUCCUUAUUGGCGCUUUAGCUCUCUGACAGUUGACGGACUGCUUCCACACAGUGAAGUAUGGUUCCAAUCCAACACCCACCCCACAGACUUCUGUCUCACUCCCCUCCCUGCUUCAGUGUUCCGCCAGCCCGCCUUGACUCCUUCAUUGUUUUGAAGCACAGCAGGAUCAAAGGAACAAACUUUAAGGUCAAAUAAUGACAUGCAUGUGUAGUGGAGAGAGUGUUUGUCACUCUGCUGCUUAGAGAGAGAGUGUUUGCGCCCUGUUCACACAGUGUACUUAAACAGGCAGGGAAUCUGAACAACACCCGUCUCUCCCUUUUUCUGUGUGUCACACAAACUCAGUGCAAACACUUCUGUUUUUACUGGAGCUCAUUUUAUGUGCUUUCUUUGCUUUUGUUUUAUACAACCAGAGAGAAAAUGAUUUGAUUAAACAAAAGGGGGAAUUGCUAAUUGCAGUUUAAAUGGUCAGGCCGGCUCCCCAGUGGGCUGAUAGUUCAGUUGGCCAGGCCGGCUCCCCAGUGGGCUGAUAGUUCAGUUGGCCAGGCCGGCUCCCCAGUGGGCUGAUAGUUCAGUUGGCCAGGCCGGCUCCCCAGUGGGCUGAUAGUUCAGUUGGCCAGGCCGGCUCCCCAGUGGGCUGAUAGUUCAGUUGGCCAGGCCAGCUCCCCAGUGGGCUGAUAGUUCAGUUGGCCAGGCCGGCUCCCCAGUGGGCUGAUAGUUCAGUUGGCCAGGCCGGCUCCCCUGUGGGCUGAUAGUUAAAUUGGCCAGGCCGGCUCCCCGGUGGGCUGAUAGUUCAGUUGGCCAGGCCGGAUCCCCGGUGGGCUGAUAGUUCAGUUGGCCAGGCCGGCUCCCCGGUGGGCUGAUAGUUCAAUUGGCCAGGCCGGCUCCCAUGUGGGCUGAUAGUUCAAUUGGCCAGGCCGGCUCCCAUGUGGGCUGAUAGUUCAAUUGGCCAUGCCGGCUCCCAUGUGGGCUGAUAGUUCAAUUGGCCAGGCCGGCUCUCCAGUGUGCUGAACAGCGUGCAGCUGAAGCCUGGAAGAGACCUUUUGUUCUCUUACUUCCUCCAUGGAGAACGCUCACAGGAAACUAACCCCUGUUCUCUGGCAGCACAGCGGCCGGGUCUCAAAUGGUACAAUAUUCCUUUUAUAGUGUACUACGGGCCCUGGUCAAAAGUAGUGCACUAUCAAGGAAAUAGGAUGCCAUUUGGGAUGCACACAAACUAUUUCUGACCAGCAGGGUCACAGAAUGUGUUGCUCUCAUUAAAACCAAUAGUUCCCCUCCAGAGGUUAGAGGCUCAAACUUAAAAAUAAAAUAAAAAUGUAAUCCAAUGACAUUUCAAAUGUUUUUCGCGAUGUUCGUUUCCUGACCUGUAUGCACUUAUGAGUCCAUUUCCAGGAGAUAAGGUUUAAUAUACAGAACCACAGCUGCUCCUCCUAAGGUUGGGCUAAUUUACCAUUAGUGUCUCUGCAAGCGAGCCAAGCUCAGAUUUUUUGCAGUUUUUGUAACUGAUCUGGCAUCACUUUUCUGCCUCCAAAUUCAGGCUACAUCCCAAAUGGCACUGUAUUUUCUAUGAAGUGCACUACUUUUGACCAGGGCCCUUAGGGCUCUGGUCAAAAGUAUUGCACUAGGGAACAGGGUGACAUUUGGGAUGAUAACUCUCUAAAUACCUGUCCUGUAUCUCCUACUGGUCACAUCCAUCAUUUUGAUAGGAGUCAGUGAUCUCUCUUAUCAAAGCAGACUCUGACAUGGUUUCCUCCUCCCUCCUCCACCUGCCUGUGUUAUUUGUCCUUAAAAGGCGCUGAAAUCUACUGCUGCCGUGUACAAUUCAAUUCCACACCCAUUUUGGCUCUAUCUGCAUCAGUUAUACAAUACGAUAAUAUGAAUGUUGCAGGAGUUUAUCCUGCUGUAUUUUUUGUUUCAAAGAAUAUUGUGCCAUUUGUUAAUAGCAAAGAUAAAUAUUGAACAUAUAUUAAAAAGAAAAGCUAUUUUAAAUUAUUUUGGGGCUUUUUUUUUGCAAUAUUUAUUUUCUUGUAUUAGAAUCUUCUUUGUAGGAGGACAAAUUAAACAUGUAUUUUUCAUUAGUGCAAAAACCUAUUUUUCCUUUUUUGUACAAUUUCAAUGUUAAGCAAAACAUUAAAAAGCAAUAUGAUGUUCCAUGUGACUGUAUCUGCAUGCUGUUUGUGUUGCCUUGACGACGGCUGCGUCCACUAUGACCCUGUUCCCCCCUCCUCCCCCCGGCACUCUAGAGUGGUUGACCAGUGUAGUCAAUAAAGCAGUGCUUUCUGUGUACA